UGUUCCUCAGUAGCGGUGUCCGACCCCCGGGUUAUGCGCGUAACUAUGAUCACUCUGCUGCCUAUUCUCCUUUUUGUGAGUCCGGUCGUGGGUCAUUCGCGGGUACCUCGGCUCAAAGUGGACCUGAGCGAUGAAAUUAAAGACCGGGCUGUGUUUAACCAUACUGGAAAGUUUGCCACCACUCUCCGCGAGGGAAGCACUGUUUAUAUCGGUGGAAAUGGAGUCCUUCAUCGGAUAAACUUUGAUGUCUCUCCCACACUAGAAACGAUCAGCGUGCCCCAUGAAUCCAAAGGAUGUCAAGAAAACAAUGGGGGAUCCUGUGGGAAUUAUAUCAUGAUCUUACAGAAGUUCAAUGAAACUAAUCUCUUUGUGUGUGGAACCAAUUGGAUGGACCCAAAGUGUUGGCUGUUUUUUAACAAUAAAUGGGAAGUAUUUAAGAACGGACAUAACUAUGCCCUGGGAUCAGGUGUCUGCCCAAAAACCCCACAACAAGGCUUCACUUCACUGGUUGUCGAGCAACGACUCUAUUCCACAGCAUCUGAUGGAGACAGAAAUCAACUUAUUAGCUACAAGAAGGGUGAACAACCCUCACGGUUAAAGUCUGCUGACGACUGGAUGAAUGAUCCCAAGUUUGUGGGAAUGUCACCAAUGGGUGACAUGAUUUACAUGUUCUUCAAGGAAAGGAUUGCAAAGGAAAACCCGGAUAUUGACCCAUGGAUUUCACGGAUUGGCCGAGUGUGUAAGAAUGACCGAGGUGGAUCCAGACAACGACUGCUGAGUAAGUGGGCAACCUUUCUCAAAGCCCGUCUGCUCUGUAGCAACCCUGCUGAGAACGUCCAUUUCAACAGAAUUGAAGAUGUCUUUGUAUACAAGUCACCCCGUGACAACGAAGAGAGAGUGUAUGGAAUUUUUAGCAGCAAUUGGAAUGGAACAGCCGUGUGCGUGUACUCCAUGAAGGAGAUCAGUGACGUGUUUGAAAAAUCUGCCUUUGUGGGUUACGGGGACAGUAUUCCCUCCAACCCCAGACCCGGCCAGUGUGUCAAUAACACAAAGGAACUGCCGGGUAAGGUACUCGUUGUUAUGGAGAACCAUCCAGAAAUGGCAGUUUCAAUCAAUCCCAUUGGAAAAAACCCUCUCAUGAUCAGUUAUCAGAACCAUUUCAAGAAAAUAGUCGUGGAUUCUGUUAUUGGCCCCGAAGGAAUAGAGUCCCGUGUCCUGUACGUGGCGAUGGGAAAUGGUAAAAUCCAGAAGAUUCUUGAGAUUGAUCCCCCAACCUUCAUUGUAGCAGAGCUUUCUGUUUUAAAAGAAUCUGCACCAAUUCUGUCAAUGUCCCUUGACUCUACCGAGAAACUUUUGUACGUCACAUCUGCCAGGGAGCAGGUUCGAUUCUCACUGGUGCGGUGUGAGCUAUACUAUGGAAGCUGUGGAGAAUGUGUUCAGGCCAGAGAUCCUUACUGUGGAUGGGAUACUAAGGAACAGAAAUGUGUCCCCUACACACACAAUCCUAAGACUGUCAUACAAAAUCUCAAGAAGGGUGACGGCUGUGUCCAGGGUUCAGUUGCACGCCUGAGUUCCUCACGGCAGAAAAUCCCUCAGGACUGGCCGGUGCUCCCUCUCUCUCUUGACAAAGGCAUCUCCGUGUACCUGCCCUGCCCAAAGAAAUCCUAUCACGCCAAUUACUGGUGGAGGUUCAAUGACAGCAAGGAGCUGCCCUGUACUUCGAACGGUGAUGACUGUCUGCUGCUCUUAAGAGAAGUUUCUGAAGCUGAUAUUGGCUAUUAUGAAUGCUUUUCAAAUGAAAGAGGAAUGAAACGUUGUCAUGCUGCUUACGUUGUUGAGGAUAACGGCAGCACUUCAAUUCACCUCUCCAGUGUUAUGUUCUCUGUGUUGAUGGUAGUCCAUUUUCAGUUUUUGUAAUGAACCUGAGUGAUGUUUCCCUGACAACAGAGACGCAUUUUCCUCAGAGCCAUCUAGUUGACAAACAAUUCCCAUCCUUCCCUGAGGCUCCAGGUUCAGUCAGCCUGCCAACAUCCAGACAUCCAGGGUUCCAAAUGGUGAUCUUGUUCAGACGUUCUUUAAAUAAUUCCUAGAUAUCAGAUCAUUACUUCUCAUUUGUGAGGCUAGGAAUUUGGAGGGAAAAUGCAGCCCUUUAUUAUCUUGGAAAUUUGGAUUUAGUCCUUGAAGUUUCCACUGACCUAAGCAACAGCUGAAUAAUGAUCAAAAUGCCAUAAUUACUCAGUAGGUCAGGCAGUGUCUGUAGAGGGAGAAUCUUGAGUUAAAGUUUCAGGAUGUUGACUUGUCAGUUAUACAAAGUUGCUUUAUUUCUGUUUUUAAUUUGCAUGGUUUUCAAAGUUUGAAUCUGAAUCCAUCCGUAAAUUUAUGACUCAGCUCAUUAUUGUCAGGGAGAGGGAAAAACAGAUUUAAGCUUUUACGAUUGUUUGUUGUUUGAACUCAGCAGAACUGGCGAUACAGUGGACAGUGAGGGAAGUUGUCUGAAGCUACAAAAAGAUACAGAUUCUAUAGGAAAAUGAACAAAGGAAUGGAAUGCUGACUGUUGCAGAGUAAUGCUUUUUGGGAAGUUAGAGUAGGUGAGAAUGGUCGGACCCUGGCGAAUGCUGUAGAACAAGAAGAUCAAAGGCUAGAAGUACACGGGCACCUGAAAGUGAUGAUGCAGGUGGGCAGAGUGGUGAAGAAGGCUUGUGGCAUCACUGCCCAUGGCACUCAGUACAUCCCAUCUCAGUUGUGCAAAACGUGGGUCAGAUUGCAUGGAGUACUGUGUGCAGUUCUGUUUGCCAGGCCACAGGAGGCGUGUCAUUAAACUAGAGAGGAUGCAGAAAAGACUCGAAGUCUUGUUGCUUGGAGUGGAGGGUUGGAGGACAUAGGAGAGAUUGGACAGGCCAGGACUUUUCCUGAAGUGAAAAAGGGUGAGAGGUUCCCUUAGAGAUGUUUACAAAAUUAUGAGGGUUACAGAUAGGUUGGGGAGUUGCAGGCUUUUUCUCAGGGUAGGGGAAUCUAAAGCUAGAUGGCAUAGGUUUAAGGUGAGUGGGGAUCUGAGGGGCAGAAAGUGGUGGAUAUACAGAUAGAAAAGUUGGUAGAGGUGGGUACAAUCACAAUGUUUUGAAAACAUUUGGGCAGAUACACGGACAAGAAAACUUCAGAGAGAUUUUGGCCAAAUGCAGGCAACGGGAGUAGGUUGGCUAGCAUGGAGUUGUGCUGUGUGCCAUGGCUCCAAUCAUCAGAGGCUGUCUCAACCCACACCACCUCCUGGCCAUUACCCCAGAAACCUGGACCAGGUGAGCCAGUGAGGAAACUGGAGCUCACUCUGGGAUUUUCUGAUGUAUGAUGGUGAUCCACAGGUGAAAGGGCGCUGAGUAACUAAGUUAAUUUUCUGUUCAGAACCCUGCUAGCCAGAGGAAGGGAGGCAGCCUCCAUGCACACCAGUCCAAAGCAACAUUCUCCUGCUGGGUGCUGGGAGGCGUGGCUGUAUCUCGGGGAAAUCCAUCCAGAUCUAAGGUCAGAGCAGAGUGGGUGACAUUGCUGCGUGGGGAAGGGGUUUGAGGAAUGAGGGUCCGAGGGCGAUAGUGGGUGGAGAACUAAUGGUGAGGAGAAAAGACAGUCACUUCCAGGAUGGGGUCCUGCCUCCAGAUGCCAGGGCCAAAGCCAUCACAGGCUGUUUGUGGGGCAUUCUAAAAGGGGUCGGAUAAACAAGCAGAGGUCCUGAUGAGCAGGCAGAAAGAGGAAGGAGGUCCUGUAAUGUGAAUCAGGUGAGCUAGAUCAGGACUCUGUGACAGACUUUGAUAAGUGAAGUGUGUUAUCGAGGGCCGACAAGAAACCAUUUCAUUGCACUAAAGUUACAAUGUGGGAUGGGAGUCUGUACUUUGAUAGGGAUGUUUUCCUUCAACAUGUAUUUCCUCCCCCGUUGCCCUCUCUCUGACUGCACUCUAGCAACUUGCCCUCAUAAUCAUCGUGAUUGGUUGGAGUUGGCAGGUGAUUUGACCUUGAGCAUCAGGAGCCCGCACCAUCCAUCCCUACCCAGAGUCCCCACGGUAUACACCCAGCCAUUUUAGUCUGUAGUGUGAUAAGAUGCCUCAGAUACUCCUGCUUUGAGUAACUUUGCCACCCUAAUCUGCAGAAAGAGCUGCCAUGAAUGAAAAGGCUAACAUUGCUAAUAGCGACAGCAAACUUGCAGAACGUGUUUCCAGAAUGCUCCACCAUACUUCUGCGCAGUUUUUUUUUUACAGGGACUAGGUACACCGAGACAUCUUCAGGCUGCUUUGGCCUUCAGGUUAACCCUGGCUAAUCUGUAGCUCAAAUCUUGGGUUAUCCAGGGCAGGGGUGGGGUGGGUUGGGGCAACGGGAGACAGAGUUUAAAAUGGAAACACAGAUCCCCCUUGGUCUGGGAUGUUUAAGCCUCUGAAGCCAUGGAAAGCAAUGCCUUACAGUAUCAGCGCCCUGGGUGUAAUUCCCACUGCUGUCUGUAAGGAGUUCGUCUGUUCUCCCUGAGACCGAGUGGGUUUCCUCCGAGUGGUUAAUUGGUCAUUGAAAAUUUCCCGCGAUUAGGCUCGGGUUAAUUUGGGGGGGCUUUCUUUAUAAAAACUAUAUUUAAAUGUUCAGGCAAUAUGCAUUCUGCUGGAAAACACAAUCUAACCACCAGUUAUUCUGAAUGUAUGGUGUUAUCCAUAAGUAUUUCAGGGAAGCUGAUCGAUAUCCGGGAAAUGUAGUUAUCGGGGAGAUGGAGAAAUGAGGAUGGGGUUUGGAUAUUUCAACAAAGGCUGGCAUUGACUAAUGGGAUCUUCAGCCAACGUGUUUCCAUAAACAUAGGGUUUGUUGGGGAGGGUGGGUCUGGGUUAAUCUGGAACUGAGUGGGGGAAUUUGAUGUAACGUGGAUAAGUUUGUGCAGAAGGUGAAAACUAACGCUGCCAUAUGAAUGUGACAGCAGGGAAGAAGGAGAAGAGCACUGCAUCAGUGUGUGUGAAGUCAGGUGGAUUCUAUGAUUCUAAGGCAGAGUUGCACAUUUUCAGCUGCUCAAAGUUUUGUUGUUUGUCUUAUGCAAUUCAAACCGACACACAAAUAUUUUGGGUGGUCUGACAUUGUGCUGUGCACAUCCUGAAGAUUUUAAAGAAGGUUCACGGAUUUACGUUCUGCUGUAUACUUUGGAUCUGACGAGGGAGUUCCAACAAUUAUUGUCCACAGGGAAGCGGAGGUGAGACCACUGAAGUAAGUGGCAUUGCUCUCAAAAUGUCACCUUCUCCGACAGGCUUGUAGAUUCUUCACAAUCCCAACAAAAGCCAGAUACUAUGGACACUGGAAAUCCCAAAGUAAAGCAGAAACUGUCCUGGAGUAACAGAGAGAGGAAAACAGAGUUAACAGUUCCGGCUGUUUAUCAGAAAGUUGCCAAGACCAAAUGCUGAUUGUUUCUCUCUGUGUGCAGUACAGUGAGCACACAGGUCUAGGGCUGUGUUUCACCGUGAAUGGAUGAAUGAACUCCGAGCUGUUAACAUGGUGUUUUACAGGAAUGUUGACAUCCAGUACAUUCCUGGAGCAGAUUAGUUCACAUUUGAAGGAUGGAUUUAUACCUCAGUAACUUUGUAUUUAUUACAUUUUGUUAGAAUAUGUUUAACUGUACAGAUUUAUAAUUUAUAAAUUAUAAAUUAUAAAUUAUAAUUUAUAAAUUAUAAAUUUAUAAAUUAUAAAUUUAUAAAUUUAUAUUAUAAAUUAUUUUUCUAUUUGCCACUGAUGAGAUAUAACUUUGAUUGCAAUUUGCAUUUUUUCACCUUUGCAUCAUACACCCUGCACUCUGAUGCACUGAAAUCUGUCAUACCAGUUCAGGGCAAUAUUCUUGGAGGUCCAGCAGAUGUUUGUGGAGAGAUGAUGGAGGAAACUCGGCUCCUGGCAACGACCUGAAGCCCCGGCAACAGGUCUAAUCUUUGCUGUGGCUCUGCCGUACAGAGAGCCUGCAUUAUGGAGGGGUGGUGUUGCAGCACCAUUUUCUGUAAUAGGAAGCUGUGCAUCUCCACGUGUACCAGAAAUGUGAGCUGGGAAACAAAUAUUUAGUGUUUAUUUAUUUAUUCAUAUAAAUUCUGCAAGAGCGAGUCUAAGCUUGUAUAAUUGAAUGUUUGGGUUGUGAUUUGUGUGAACGGCUGUGACGCAGGGGCCUCCAGGGAGAUUGCAGCUGGGCUGGGCCCUGAGAGUGCUGAAAGGAGGGAGGAUGUACAAUUGAGGUGAAGAUAUAAGACAACUUCUCCUGUUGGUACAUUGUGACCUUUGCCCCCCCCCCCCCCCAUAUGACUGUGUUUGGGAGGAAGCACAAGCUGUGCCAGACAAGUGGGGCUGCAGUGCAGUGACUGGAGAUGUUGUGUCCUGACUGACAAUGGACAGAAGUAUUAAUGUGACCUGAUUUGUAAAAUCGCUGUGCAAUUCUUGUUUAACAUCAACUAGACUUUGUAAAUGAACUGUUCUGCUUGUGUUUUACAUAGUGGUCCAAUAAAUAUUAAUAUGUCCUGAUUUGUAAAAUCUCUGUGCAAUACUUCUUUAAUGUCAACCGGACUUUGGAAGUGAACUGUUCUGCUUGUAUUUUACAUAGUUGUCCAAUAAAGAUAGGUUGUCCCCA